CCUCAAUUGAACCUUCGACUCAAUCUUUGUAUCUCUCAACAAAAAAACAGAAAUACCGCCCAAAAUGGGGAAGCUCCCCGUCCCCUCAACCCUCCUCUCAUCCUCUCCCCUCCGCCCAUCAACCACAUCUUCGCUCUCCAUCCACAGCCUCUCCUCGCCCGUCCGCACGCAGACCCGAAACGCGACAUUUAUCCCCCGUCCAAGAAGGCCCUACACCUUCACCCAGCUCAUCCAGCUCUCCGACGGCUCGACCUACACCGCGCGCACCACCUCGCCAUUGCCCUUGUACCGGGCCCAAAAGGAUACGAGUGCGAUGAAGGAUUCGGGUCCCAAGAGGGCUCCUACACGAAGAAAAUAAUGAAUGGGCUUAUAUGAUGUGUACAUUACCUGUAUGAGGCAGAUUGGGAGACUACUGGGUAGGCUUGGACAACAAAAAGGGAGAUGGACGAGGAGGAUAGACAGAGGAGGAAAUGCAUGGAUUAGAGGAUCGAUUCUGUUCAAAUAUGUACAGCACUUUGAGCCUAGCGGCCUGUAUGAUAUAACAAAAGGGAUGCAUCUCCGAGUUUUGAAACGAAUACGAAUAGUAGCACACUGU